AUGGAACCAGAAGUGACCGUCAAAGGAACUUUCACUGUUAAUGAAAUACAUCCCUGCUAUGAUAAUACAAGUUAUGUCUUUACAAGCAACCCUUCCAUACCAUGUGUAUUAGUAUAUAUUUUCCUUGGUUUAUUAUCUGUCACCACAAUAUGUGGAAACCUCCUUGUAAUAAUCUCCAUCAUUUACUUCAAACAGCUCCACACUCCUACAAACUACCUUAUUUUCUCUCUGGCUAUAACUGACCUCCUCGUAGGAGUUUUAGUUUUUCCUUUCAGCAUGACAUUCACUGUGAGCUCUUGUCUGUAUCAUGAAGAUUUAUUAUACAGAUAUUAUGCUGUUUGUCAGCCUCUGACAUAUAGAACUAAAAUGAAUGUUCAUGUUACUGUGGUCAUGAUCGUGGUGAGCUGGGGGGUUUCUGCUCUAAUUGUUUUCCUAAUUGCGGGAUUCAGCCAAGGAGCAUGUGAAGUAAUGUGCUCAGUUGAUGUUGUAAUGGCAAAUACUAUGGGAACUGUUCUCUCAUUUUACCUCCCAGCCAUCAUAAUGCUCUGUAUCUACCUGAAGAUUUUUCUUGUUGCUAAGAAACAGGUAAAUAACAUCCAGAACACAAUUUGUCAGAGCACAAAGUCUGGAGCAACUGCCAAUCCCUUUACUUCCUUCCUUGGUGUGAUUGUCUGCCCCGCACCUGUGCCCUCUCAACUCAUGUUUAAAUAG